CAUGACCCUUGAACCCUCCUCUCACAAGCUGUUAUCAGCAUCGUUUAAUUAUUAUUAAGAAAAUUCGCACGGAAAAAGAGAUUGGAAGAUCAAGAAAUCCAUGGGUUUGUUUUAGAAUUUAAUUUUGAUUUUUGUUUAGAAAAAAUAAAAAAAUGUUGUUGUAGAAGAAGAAAUUGAACACUCUGGAGAAACAAGUACACAAUGGAAGCUGUUUUGCAAGUACAGAGACCAGUCUGUAAUAGUAUUAGUAGUAGAACUCACUUAAAGAUCAAACCUUUUCUCGGGUUUUCUUUUCAUGGCAGCAGAAAUAAUCCAUCUUCACAGUGGUCUCUUCGGUUCAAAGAAAGUCAAGGAGUUGGCGUCUCAUAUCGCGUUAUUGCAAGUGCAGAUUUUACAAGGAGGAGGCCGAAGAAAGGUCUUGUUCAGAGACCGAAAAGCUCUUCUCCAAAGGGGUUCUCUCCAAGAGUUCCAAUCGGAACAAGCACACAGAAGAGGGGUCAAAGAGAUGAUGCAGAAAUAGUAGAUUCCAGCUCAACUACUUCAACGGCGAGUGAGUAUAGUGGACAUGAUGAUAAAGUAACUGAACUUGAGGCUGAUUCCGACGAAGAACAGCAAAAUGAACAUACUUCUGGAAAGAAACUGGGGGAAACAGGGGUUAAAGUUGGAAAGAAUGUACCCAGUAAUGAGCUGGUUACAGUUAAUCGUGAUGAAACGGUGGACAAAGGAGUUACUGUUGAGACAAAAGAAGAUUUGGAUGCGUUCCAGGAACCUGCUAUACUUAAGAAGAGUGUGACCAAGGCCAUAGCUGAUGGACCAAUGUUAGCGAAGUCAUGGUCCGAUGUGAUCAGGAGUAACGACGUUAAAGAAAAUAAGUUGAUGGGAAUGAGUCCCCAUAACCGUACACAAAUUCUCGAAGAGCUUGCCUUGGAAAAUUCUUUGGGUAACAAAAUAUUUGUUUAUCCCCAGAUUGUGAAGCCUGAUCAAGAAGUCGAAGUAUUUCUCAAUAGGAGCAUCUCAGCUUUGAAAAAUGAAGAGAAUGUUCUACUCAUGGGAGCCUUUAAUGAUUGGAAAUGGAAAUCAUUUACCGUAAAGUUGAAUAAGGCUGAACUUAAAGGGGAUUGGUGGUCUUGCCGUGUUUAUGUUCCUAAGGAGGCAUACAAGAUAGACUUUGUAUUCUUCAAUGGGGAAGGUGUUUAUGAGAACAAUUCGACUAAUGAUUUCCAUGUAGCUGUCCAAGGUGGAUUUGAUGAAGCUUCCUUUGAAGAGUUCUUGCUUGAAGAGAGACAAAAGGAGCUUGAGAAAAUUGCUGCAGAGAAAGCUGAAAAAGAAAGACAAGAGGAAGAGCAACGGCGAAUAGAAGCACAGAAGGCAGCAAGAGAAGCUGAUAGGGCUCAAGCGAUGAUGGAGAUUGAGAAAAAAAAGGAAAUAAUAACUAAAAUAAUGAAGAAGGCAGUGACCUCUGUUGAUAAUGUUUGGUACAUAUCACCCAAAGAAUUUAAGGGUGAGGACGUAGUUAGGUUAUAUUACAAUAAGGCAUCUGGUCCACUCGCUCAUGCCAAGGAACUCUGGAUUCAUGGGGGGCACAAUAAUUGGAACAAUGGAGUGACUAUUGUUGCAAAGCUCGUGCUCUGCGAUAGGAAAGAUGGUGACUGGUGGUAUGCUUAUGUUCCUGUACCUGCGCGUGCCCGUGUCCUAGAUUGGGUUUUGGCUGAUGGGCCUCCUGAGAAAGCGACUCUUUAUGAUAACAAUAAGCUGCAGGAUUUUCAUGCUGUUGUCCCAAAUUCCACACCAGAAGAAAUGUAUUGGUUUGAAGAGGAACAACAGCUGUUUAAUAAGCUCCAAGAGGAGAGAAGAUUGAGAGAAGAGGCCCUGAAAAAAAAGGCUGAAAGGACAGCACGCAUGAGAGCUGAAACAAAGGAAAGAACGAUCAAAGAGUUUCUGUUGUCUCAAAAGGAUAUAGUCUACACUGAGCCUCUUGAGGUCCAAGCGGGAAGCACUGCCACGGUAUAUUAUAAUCCUUCCAACACAAUUCUAAAUGGAAAACCUGAAGUUUGGUUCAGGUGCUCGUUCUACCGAUGGACCCACCGCAUGGGCCCAUUGCCACCUCAGAAAAUGUUGCCAGCAAAUAACGGUGGCCAGGUUAAAGCUACUGUCACGGUUCCACUGGAUGCAUACAAAAUGGAUUUUGUCUUCUCUGAGACAGAAGUGGGUGGAAUUUAUGACAACAACCAUGGAAUGGAUUAUCACGUACCCGUGUGUGGAGGGGUCGCGAAGGAACCUCCUAUGCACAUUGUGCAUGUGGCUGUGGAAAUGGCCCCCAUUGCAAAGGUGGGAGGCCUUGGAGAUGUUGUGACAAGUCUUUCACGUGCUGUUCAAGAUUUAGGCCAUAAAGUAGACAUCAUUCUACCGAAGUAUGAUUGUAUAAACCUUAGCAGUGUCAAGGACUUUCAGCAUCAUCGAAGUUACUUUUGGGGUGGGACCGAAAUAAAGGUUUGGUUUGGGAAGGUGGAAGGUCUUUCUGUAUACUUUUUGGAGCCUCAAAAUGGAUUGUUUUGGACAGGGUGCAUAUAUGGUUGUAGGAAUGAUGGGGAAAGGUUUGGUUUCUUUUGUCAUGCAGCACUAGAGUUUCUACUUCAAAGUGGGUUUCAUCCUGACAUUCUGCAUUGCCAUGAUUGGUCUAGUGCACCAGUUUCGUGGUUGUAUAAGGAUCACUAUGUGCACUAUGGUCUUACUAAUACUCGGGUAGUCUUCACAAUUCACAACCUUGAGUUUGGUGCUCCCCUCAUUGGAAAAGCAAUGGAAUACUCAGACAAGGCUACAACUGUUUCUAGGACUUACGCAAAGGAAGUUGCAGGAAAUCCCGUAAUUGCUCCUCAUCUUCACAAGUUCCAUGGUAUACGUAAUGGGAUUGAUCCUGAUAUGUGGGAUCCAUACAAUGACGCAUUUCUUCCUAUUUCUUACACUCCAGACGAUGUUGUGGAGGGUAAAAGUGCGGCCAAGGAAGCUUUACAACAACAGCUUGGGUUGAAAAUAUUGGAUGUCCCUCUUGUAGGAAUUAUCACUCGGUUAACUGUUCAGAAAGGAAUUCACCUCAUCAAGCAUGCCAUAUGGCGCACCCUUGAACGCGGUGGACAGGUUGUAUUGCUAGGUUCAGCUCCAGAUCCCCGCAUACAGAAUGAGUUUGUAGGGUUGGCCAAUCAAUUGCACUCAUCACAUGGUGACCGUGCUCGUCUAGUUUUGACAUAUGAUGAACCUCUUUCGCACUUGAUAUAUGGCGGUUCAGAUUUUAUUCUAGUGCCGUCGAUCUUUGAGCCGUGUGGGUUAACUCAACUUACGGCAAUGAGAUAUGGUUCAGUACCCAUUGUUCGUAAAACAGGAGGACUUUAUGAUACAGUGUUCGAUGUCGACCAUGACAAAGAGAGAGCUGAAGCUGCAGGUUAUGGACCCAACGGAUUCAGCUUCGAUGGAGUGGAUAUUGCAGGCAUUGAUUAUGCUCUCAAUAGAGCCAUCUCUGCGUGGUAUGAUGGCCGCGAAUGGUUUAACUCGUUAUGCAAACAAGUGAUGGAACAAGAUUGGUCCUGGAAUCGACCCGCGUUAGAUUACUUAGAACUUUAUCAUGCUGCUCGAAAAUAGAAAACUUAUAAAGUACAUUGAAAUUAUAUAGAUUUAGGUUCACCAUACUUAAAAGAGCAAUGUGAGUUUGUACAGGUUUAUGAUUGCAGUUAUUUCAGGUUUUAGUUUAAUCAGAUAUGGAAGCCAGUAAAAAUGGUGAGGGACAUGUAAUUUGGUGGUAUAGUUUUAAAUGGCAAUAAUGUACCUUAGGUACAGUGGUAGCUCUUUGAAUGUCAGAGUAAUAUUUUUUCAGAGGGGCAUAGAAGUAAAGCUACACAGUUUUCAGUUUUGAAAAAGUUGGUUACAAAUUUUAAACUUUUAA